CAGGUUCAGGGCUGUAACCGCAGCUUGCAGAACAGCAAACUAUACUAUCAGCGCUUUAAACUAUGCGAGGAUCACCUCAAAGCACCCGCCAUUUCCAUCGACGGUGUGCUCUCCCGCCUGUGUCAGCAAUGCGGCCGCUUCCACGAGCUUUCCGCCUUCGAGGGCAAAAAGCGAACCUGCAGGGCCCAGCUGGACAGAAUCAGAAAGGCAAAGGAGCUUCGAAGGCGCAAGGCCGGCGGCAGCGGCGGCUCC